AUGAAGUCUCCCAAGAGCAAGUCGGCUGCCAACACCACCGGCCCGCAGCAGGUGCGCUUCACGGAGGACGGCAGCAACCCAGGUGCCUCCUUCCCCGUUACCCAGGGAACCGACACCUCAACCGCUCCUGCCUUCAAUACCCACGAAAGCGACGCGGGUGCAGACAGCGGUGUUUUCGUCCACACCUCGACCAAUCCCUCUGCCUCAGUCAAUCUUGGCCCUCACUUUCCUCCCACACCCUUCGGUCAGGCUGCUCACCCACACUCCAACCCUUUCAUACCCUUCACGUCGCACCCCGCCUACAUCACAGAGACCAACUCGUUCGCGCCUUUCGGCAAAUUCAAUCCGUACGGACUUUCCGCGCCUCCCUACGUCAACAUGACCGAUUACCAGAAUGUCGCUCCUCCCGCUGGUGGUCUUCACUUCCAGCCCCCGGUUCCCGACACCACCUACGGCCCCAUGCAGCACGUUUACGUGCCUCGCUUCGAUAACGGAAUGCCUCCGGUCUAUCAAGUCGGUCUCCCUCAUGCUCAAGUUCUGCCAGUGGCUUCUCUUGUUGCCCCGAAGCCUGCUCCACAGCCCCCCGCCAACAACGUCACCUAUAUUGGCCAAGGCCCCCCUCAGCCUCCCAUCAUCAUGGCCCAGCAUCCUGCUAUGCACGCUGGCAUGAGCAUGCACCCUCCGAUCAUGCUUCAGGCUCCUCCCGCCGGUUUCAGCGGCCCUCCCAUGUUCCAGAGUGGCCACAUGGGUAUGAACAUGCCUCCCAACAUGUGCGGAGGUGGAAUGCCCGUCUUCCCAGGUAAUACCAAUCUUCCUCCGGACGUCACUGGAUAUGGCAAGACUGCUGGAGAGGUCGCCAUGGAGCAGGCCCAGUUUGCCUAUUCCAAUGGCCUCUUCGAGCCCCAGGACUUCAAGCCUGCGGACGAUGACCCAUCCCGCUACUAUCCCGUUCGAGAGGUUGACGGUAACUGGACUCAGCGCAAUCGUUUCACUAUUGACAACCUUGGCGAUUGCCGUUGGUAUGUUACCAAUGAGGGCUACUUCUACGCCGUCCGUUUGCCCAACUGA